AUUAUUACGUCAUGUUAGCGUGUAAAACCUUGUAACUAACAGAAAAUAAAAUCAACGUUAUAUAAUGCCACUGAUUAAUUUUAAACACAUCGUCUCAUUUUCUAGCGAGGAUCCGUCAUUUCCUGCUGAUAAUUUAUUAAAACCUGAUACCUAUCGCAAAUGGCAAUGUUUGGAUGCUAAUGAAAAACAGGCAUCUGUGGUUAUUGAGUUAGCCAAAGCAUCCAAGAUAAAUUCAUUGGAUAUUGGAAACAACGGUUCAGCAUUUGUUGAAGUUCUUGUUGGUAGAUCAUCUGGAAAUGAUUACCAGGUAUUGCUUGUUGCAUCUUCCUUCAUGAGUCCUGCAGAAAGCAAAUCAGGGACAAAUGAUACUAGAGUUCGAAUGUUUGGCUUAGACAAGUUAUCCAAAUCAAUUGCUGAACAAAAAUGGGAUCGUAUAAAAGUAGUAUGCACUCAACCUUACAAUCAGACCAGGUGUUAUGGUCUAUCAUUUGUUAACCUUCAUACUGCAGAAAAUAUUGAGAAAGAUGCAACACAAGAAAAGACGCAAAUAAGACUGGGCUCGUUUCUUUUAAAAGAUGAACAACCUGAAACAAUCAAAUCGGGAAGUCUUUUUGCGAAACGUAAGAAUAAAACUGAAGGAAUUACAACACCGGUUAUAACGACUGCUGCUGAAAUAAAAGACACGUCUAAACAGACGACUACUCCAAGACCGUCGUUGCCAAUACUAAAAUCGACACAACAAAAGUCAUUUGAUCUAAAGAGAAAAGCUAAUUCAACAUCUCCUGAACCUCAGUCUAAAGCAUCAAAGUUCCUACAUACCGAUAGAAGUGGAGAGUCAUCGAAGAAUCAUAAAGAGACGGUAAAAAAUGACAAGCAAAAAUUCUCUGUUGAUAAAAUAUUGAAGGAGGUUGUGUUCGUACUCAGCGGUUUUAAAAAUCCUCAACGUGGACGUCUACGAGACAAAGCUUUAUCUAUGGGUGCUCGAUAUUGUGGAGACUGGGGCCAAACAUGUACUCAUCUUAUAUGUGCAUUCAUAAACACACCCAAAUAUUGUCAAGUUAAAGCAUCGGGAAAAGGAAAAAUUGUGUCAGAAAAAUGGAUAAAUGAUUGUUUUGUAAAACAACGACUUCCCGAAAGAAGAUAUCGUUUGAAGGGAGACGACGAUGAUUAUGGAAGUAGUACAGACGAGGAGGACAUUGAAUCAAAAAGAGAAAAAAAUUCUAAAAAAAAUAACGAAAAAUCUGCCAAUGACGUUAUUAGUUUAGCAAAUGCAGAGGUAGCAUCAUAUGGUAGAGAUUCGUCUGAAACUACUAACAUUUCAUCUACAAAAACGUCUUCAGUAGCGAACGAGCCUAACCCACGUCAAAAUCUUAAGAAUAUUGAAAUAGAUUCAAUGCAAAACACUGAAAUAAUAGAGGAUGAAGAAUUUGUGAAAAAUAGUUUACCGAAUGAUGAUGAUGAUGAUGAUUUGUAUAAUUGUUCCACGGAGUGUGAAUCUGAUGAUGAAGAUGAUGAAAAAAAACCGACGAUUGAAUACGAGAAAAUGUCUUUCCCAAGCCCAACAGUGGAUUAUCUUAACCUGCCAAGUUUCUUUACAAACAUGACUUUUUUCUUGUAUGGAGAUUUUGAGGCAAAAGAAAGAAGAUUGUUGUAUCGUUAUAUUACAGCAUACAAUGGAGAACUAGAAGAAUAUAUGAGUGAUAAUGUCAAGUUUGUUGUGACGAAAGAUGAAUGGGAUGGCAACUUUAAUGAGGCUUUAAUUGAAAAUAGUUCAUUGACAUUUGUGAGACCAAAAUGGAUUUAUUCUUGUCACGAGAAACGUACAAUUGUUCCUUUCCAACCUUAUAUUGUUGUUCCACAAUAGAGAUGAGAAUUUUUAUCAAUUCUAUGUUUAUUUUGCAGCCACUAUGAGUUGUUAGACUUUAAAAAAUACUCAUAGGAAUUAUAAAGAAUAAUGUUUUGACUUCA